AUGAGAGUGAAGAAGCCUCGAGGAAUUCGUCAUGACCGUGAUUGCACCCGCUGCAAAGUCCGAGGUAUCAAAUGCGACCUCAACCGCCCGCGCUGUCAAUCCUGUCUCCAACUCGGAGAAGCAUGCAUGUACCCACAACGAGUGAUAUGGGUUGACGAGAGGAAUGCAAAGCCUUCAGAGUCAAACCAGCCAAACCAACUCGUCCCAGAAACAGAAAUUAGCACAAAAGCAACCACUAAAUCACCCACCCCAGCCUCAGUCAACCUGUACGGCUUCAUCGACCUACUGGGCGCCUUCUACCAGCAACUCCGCACCAGCAGCGGCGGCAUCCCUGAAGAAGGAGUCCAACUUAUAUCACGCACUCUCAACUUUGCACGUUCACGCAUCAAAGACGCAGACAACAAUGCAUCAAUCCAGUCGCAUCUCGUUGCGCUGACGAAUCUCAGCCAAGUCAUUGAGUCCGCACAUCCGGUUGCGCUAUUUGGUAUAGCAACCUUUGCCAUGUUCGAGGUAUGCUGUGGCUCAUUCGGCAACUGGCAUUGUCAUCUGCAGGGUGCGCGCUCGCUGCUAGAUCUCCAUUGUCGGGAUAAGCGUGCGCUGGACGAUCUCUGUGCCGAGAUCUCGGGACUGGCUGAGGUGCUGGCUUACUUGGUUUGGUUUGAUGUUACGGGGGCAUUGGUCCGAGAGAGUUCUUUGAUUUUCGAUGAUUGGCAUCGGGAGAUUCUUAACGCCGAGUUCUUGGAUUCGGUGGGCUGUCCAGUAGAUACAUUUGAGCUUUUUGUAUAUUUGGGAAAGCACCGCAAGAGCCCCGAUGCUAGUGUCUUGGAUCUUAGUUCGCGAGCUAUAGCGCAGAUCUUGACCCUUGAUGCUGGCUCGAGUGAUUGCAACCUGGCUGCUACGGUGUAUAGAGGUGCCGGGGCUAUCCUGGCAUUCGGGUGCGCGGCUGAACUGGGCCAAGCAGAUUCUCCGGGAUCGAGCUAUCAGUCUGGCGUAUUAUGCUCGAUGGUGGAUCGGGUCUGUGAGACAAAUAUGACUAUUACUUCACAAACCUCCUACCUAGACCGCUGCGUGCAGAAGCGGGACGCCCAAUACGCUCUGAUUCCCCCCGAAUGGCGCAUAGAUCCGAUCCCCUCGAUUGAAUCAGAGCCAAAUGCAAUUCCCAUUCUUCAGAGUCUCCUCACCAAACAGGAGCUCGUUCUCACCGAAGAGACAGAUAUCGGAGUCCUUCUUCGGCAACUUUCAUCUGGACAACUCUCCUCCCUCGAAUUAACGCGGGCAUUUGCCAAGCGGGCAGCUCUCACCCACCAACUAACAACAUGCUGCACAGAAAUAUUCUUCGAGGAAGCCUUCACCUCAGCCCAAGAAUUAGACAAUCAUCUAGCCACCACCGGCAAGACAGUCGGGCCUCUCCACGGCCUCCCAGUCUCCAUCAAGGAUCUCUUCUCCGUACAAGGAGUCGACACAUCAAUCGGCUGGGUCGGUUUGACCAAUAACCCCGAAAAAGCAGACAAAUCAGUCGCCCGAACACUGCGCCGUCUCGGCGCCGUGCUCUACGUCAAGACCAAUCUCCCCCAGUCGAUGAUGAUGUCCGAUUCCUACAACCACGUCUUCGGACAGUGCGUGAACCCCUUGAACCGCGCCUUGAUUUCGGGUGGCAGUUCCGGCGGCGAAGGAUCGCUCGUCGCUGCCCAUGGAAGCGUGCUGGGGAUCGGAACUGAUCUGGGCGGAUCGAUUCGUAUUCCGGCUGCGCUUUGCGGGUUGUAUGGUCUGUCGCCGAGUCCGGGGCGUCAUCCUUAUGAGCGGGGAAAUCCUGGGCAGGAUAUUGUUCGCUCGGUUGCUGGUCCGAUGGCUUGUAGUCUUGAGACGAUCGAGCGGUAUAUGGAGGCUUUGCCGGAUGGGAGACCGUGGGAGGUUGAUCAUCAUGUUGCUCCUGUGCCGUGGAGACAGGAUCUGGCGUCGCCUGGUGCGAAGCGUUUGAAGAUUGGGUUUAUUAUUGACGACGGUGCCGUGAAGGUGCAGCCGCCGAUUGCUAGAGGGAUGAGAGAGGCUAUUGAGGCGUUGAAACAGGCAGGGCAUGAGGUAUUCGAAUGGGAUGCUUCGUCUCAUGGUCAUGCAUAUGAACUCUGGGCCAAGGCCAUUUUCUCUGAUGGAGGCGAGGGAUGUCGGAAGAAGGUCGCGCUGACGGGGGAGCCACUUAUUGAAGGGAUGCUGGUUGGAAAGCCAGAGCAUACUUUGACGACUAGUGAGACACACCAGCUCAAUGCGGACAAGUACAAGUUCGAAUCCAUGUAUCUUGACCAAUGGCUGUCCUCUGGUGUCGAUGCAUUGAUCAUGCCCAGCACUGCGUGGGUGGGGUACAAGCCGUGGACGUGGGUAAAGUCCAAUGCUUAUGUGGGCUACACCAGUAUCUGGAAUCUAUUAGGCUAUGCUGCAUUGGCAAUGCCAAUUACUACAGUUUCGCGAGAGAAAGAUGUCCCAGAUCAGAAUUGGCUGGAUCACGUCCCGCGAAACGACGGCGAUGAGUUCAAUAAGUGCCAAUACGACAUUGACCUGGUCGAAAAUAUGCCGGUAGGCAUACAGGUUGUCGGGGGCCGAUAUGGCGAGGAAAAGUGUGUCGCUGUGGCCAAAGCCAUCAAUCAGGCCAUGCUGGAUGUUUCUUUCUAG